GUUGUCUGGACCAGCGCACGAGCAGCUGCGGGAGCCGGAGCGCUGCCGGGGGCGGCCCCGGGCAUGGGGCAGCCGGCACGGGGCCCGGGCUGGCGAUGGGUGGCGUGACAGCGACCACGAUGCGCUCCGAGGGCGCGGCCCCGGGGUGGGCGGCGCGGUACAGGGCACUGAGCCUGGUGCUGGCGGCUCUGCUGGGUCAAGUGGCAGAAGGUCGCCGGAUCAUUGAUAAUAUCCAGAGAUUCUCUUCAUUGCCGCCGUACCUGCCGGUGAGCUUCCACAUCCUCAGAACUGAGACCUCCUUCUUCCUAAAGGAGGCCAACCCUGACCUGCUGCGGAAUGCCAGCCUGCAGUCCAGGGUGGAGUCUUUCUUUACCUACAAGGCCAGGCAGCCCCCAGUAUUAAAUGCCAGCUAUGGGCCAUACUCUGCAGAAAAGGUUAUACCCCUGGACUUGAUGUUGAACCCCAACUUUUUAGGCCCAACAAAUCAGUUUCCCUUUGACUGGAGGCUCAAGGCCUACAUCCUCCAAGAGAAAGUCUACCUGAGUCGGCCCAAAGUGCAGGUGCUCUUCCAUAUCGUGGGCAGAGACUGGGAUGACCACAGAGUGGCCGAGAAACUGCCCUGCCUGAGGGUCUUUGCUUUCCGAGAUACCCGGGAAGUUCGGGGCAGCUGCCGGCUGGCUGGGGCCCUGGGGCUGUGUGUAGCCCAGCUGGAGAUGUUGCCUGGCUGGUUCAGUCCCCCGAUGAUUAUGUCCGGGCAAAGGAGGCGCGCAGAGCAGCCAGAAGGGAACCUUGUGGAAUUGUACUACACUGUGCAUCCAGGGGAUGAGCGAGGGGAUUGCACCGGAGGUGACACCAGAAAGGACAAUGCCAUCCGUCCAGGGAAGGAUGGGCAGGAGGACAGGACGUCCCACCUGCAGAAGAUUGGCAGCAUUGGCCUUUUCCGCACCCAGGACAGCAUCCAACUCAGCGAACUGCGUUUGGAUGGCAAUGUGGUCAUCUGGCUGCCCUCCCAGCCCGUCAAGCAGGGAGACAUAGUCACUGCUUCUGUCACCAUCUCCAAUAACUCUACUGUGGACCAUUUCAUCCUGAGAGCCAAGGUGAAGAAGGGGGUGAACAUUCUGAGCGCACAGACCAGCGAGCCUCGGCAGUGGGAUGUGAGACAGGAGGUGGGCAACGGAGGGAAGCACACCACCACCUCUGUGGCCUGCCAGCGCCUGGGCCCUGGGACGCGCAAUAGAAGCGGCAAUCUAUUCAACGAGGUCAUGCAGAUGAAUUUUGAAAUCGCCAGUUUCAGCAGCCUCUCCGGGACACAGCCCAUCACAUGGCAGGUGGAGUACCCCAGGAAGGGGACCACAGACAUCGCUGUGUCUGAGAUCUUCAUCAGCCAGAAGGACCUGGUCGCCAUUGUCCCCCUCGCUAUGGACACGGAACUCCUGAACACAGCCAUCCUCACGGGGAAGACGGUGGCCAUGCCUGUCAGGGUGGUGUCGGUGGAGGAGAACAGCACAGUGAGGGACAUCUCCGAGCUGGUGGAGUGCAAGGCCAUGGAUGAGGAUGUCAUCAAGGUGUCAGACCACUGCGACUAUGUCUUUGUCAAUGGCAAAGAGAUCAAGGGCAAGGUGGACUCCGUGGUGAAUUUCACCUACCAGCACCUGAGCGCACCCCUGCAUGUCACUGUGUGGGUGCCCCGGCUUCCCCUGCAGAUCGAGGUCUCUGACACAGAACUCAGCCAGGUUAAGGGCUGGCGGGUUCCCAUCGUGGCCAGCAAGAGACCCACUCGGGACAGCGAAGAGGAGGAAGAAGAGGAGCAGAGAGGCCGGGGUUGUGCCCUGCAGUUCCAGCAUGCCACGGUGCGCGUCCUCACCCAGUUUGUGUCGGAGGGUGCUGGGCCCUGGGGCCAGCUGAGCCACCUCCUCAGUCCAGACUGGCAGUCUGACAUCACCCACCUGGUGGCUGACUUCAUGAAGCUGGAGUCCCCGCACAUAGCCACCCUGCAGGACAGCAGGGUCCUGGUUGGGCGGGAAGUUGGGAUGACCACCAUCCAGGUGUUGUCCCCACUGUCCGACUCCAUCUUGGCAGAGAAGACAGUAACUGUGCUGGAUGACAAAGUGUCCCUGACAGACUUGACUGUUCAGGUGGUGGCUGGGCUGUCUAUGACCCUGCACCCCAUCGCAGAGAACAACAAGGCUACCACAGCUAUGGUCACAGCCGAGGAGCUGCUGCGGGCCCCCAAACAGAUGCCACCCCUCACCCUCCUCACACCCUUCACCCAUCUCCUACCCCUCACCCUACUGCCAUCCCUCACCCAGCUCCCACCCCUGACCUAG